CUCUCUCCACCCCCCACCCCGCCCGCUCUGCGCCUUGCGUCUUUUGGCGACGGAUGGGCGCCCGGCGCGCUAGGCAGGCGCUUGCAAGAAUCCCGAGCCGCGCGCUCAUCUCCCUUCCGCAGAAGCAGUGGCAGUGGCGGCCGUGAGGCUCUGCUCCAUCGGUCGCCCCUGCCGCUUGCUCGGUGACUUCUGUCUCUACGUGUGCAGACGGUCCGUGAGGUCCGGCGCGGCUCCGCGGGAAUUAAACAGGCAGGCGCCCAGCCCGCCUUUCGAUUGCUGCUGCUGCAAUAACACCCGGCGACUGCAGAAGCGGGUCAAACUUUGCAAAAAGUCUCGCUGGUCGGUAGCGGCGGCGGCAUCCUCCUCGUGUUCCCGAGGCGUCCUCCGCUUUCCCGCCCCCCUGCAAUUCCGCUCCCCUUUUGCAAAGCCGGCUCUGCAUGCGCACGCACAUGCGCCCCGGCCUGCCAGCCCAGCGCCUCUCUGCUUGGCUCUGACGCGGAGGACAGAGUCCCAGGGAAGAAGCCCUGGCCAGGAGCGAAACGGUCUCUCCGCCUCGACCUUCCCUUCUCCUGCACGACUCUCCCCUAACUGCAGCUGUUUCAGACCUUCAAGGCACUUCCUUCCAACGCGCUCAGGAAUGCUGGAGAGACCUCCAUCAUGCCGGCGUCCCAAAGCCGGCCCAGGGCCAGAGACAGAAACAAUGUCUUGAACAGAGCCGAGUUUUUGUCGCUGAACCAGCCCCUGAAAGGCGCCCAGGAAUCCAGGAGCGCCGGUCGGAGGCAGAGCAGCCAGCCCGGCCCCUCUCCUGCCCCGAACGAGGGGUCCAAGGAGCGGAGGCCAUCCCAGCAACUGCCCGAGGAAGACUGCAUGCAGCUGAACCCCUCGCUCAAAGGGAUCGCCUUCAGCUCCCUGUUGGCCGUGGACAUCUCUCUCUCCAAGAGGCUCGGGGUCUGCGCCACCAACGCCUCUGCCUGGGGCAGCGCCCGCUCCAUGAUCAACCUCAUUGGGAUCACCGGGCAUGGGAUCCCCUGGAUCGCGGGCACGCUGGUCUGCUUGGUGAAGAGCAGCAGCCUGGCGGGCCAGGAGGUCCUUAUGAACCUGCUCUUGGCCUUACUUUUGGACAUCAUCUUUGUCGCUGGCUUACAGAAGAUGGCCAAGCGAAAGGGGCCGUAUGACGUCAGCCCAGGCCUCUUGGACUAUCUGACCAUGGAUGUCUAUGCUUUUCCAGCCGGGCACGCCAGCCGAGCUGCAAUGGUGUCUAAGUUCUUCCUCAGCCACCUGGUCUUAGCUGUCCCUCUCCGGAUCUUGCUCGUUCUCUGGGCCUUCUUGGUAGGGCUCUCUCGGAUCAUGGUUGGGCGGCACCACGUUACUGAUGUCUUCUCCGGCUUUGUCUUUGGCUACUUGCAGUUCAGGCUCGUGGAGCUGAUGUGGAUGUCUUCCAAUACUUGCCAAAUGUUGAUCUCCAUGUGGUGAACAGCA